AUGAAAUUAAUUUUUACUGCCGUUACACUCCAACUCGCAACCACGUUGUUUAUCAUUCUGUGGCUAUCGAUGAUGUCUCAGCAAAACAAGUCUAGGCUUUCAAAAUCAGCUGAUUUGGACAGCAAAAGUCAACAGAAAAUAACGGAUGUGCUCAAGUUAAAACCUGAUGAAGUAACUCGCUGGGAAGCACUUACGGAACUUGACGGAGCCAAGUACUACGGACCAGAAGCAUUCAAUGUGAAAAACUGCAGUAAUGAUGCGUUCGUCAGUUUUGAAACGCAGGUGUCAACAAUUCGCAAAUACACGUUUAUUGGAACAGAACUGUUCAACUAUAUGCAAAAUAAAGACGUUGUUGAGAAAAUCUGUCAGUUUAAACAGAGGAGAUCCAUUCUGAAUGACGCGUCAGAAUGGCAAGAUUAUGAGUUGUUGAUAAACCAACCAAAGGUUUGUAGCAAUCGAGAAGCUGCUCUAGUGGAUCUUCUAAUGCUCAUAAAAUCUGCUCAUAAUCACGAAGCCGAACGGAAUACCAUCAGAAGUCUUUGGGCAAACAAUAGUUGUUGGGAUGGCCGAACAGUCCGCCAUGUAUUUCUGCUCGGAUCGACAGAUAACGUGACCUGGACCAAACGGAUAGCCCGUGAAGCCAGACGAUUUGCUGAUGUAAUCCAACAAGACUUUCAUGAUGACUAUUACAAUAACACACUUAAAGUGUUGUUCGGGUUACAGUGGGCACUCUCGUUUUGUCCCGAAGCCCAAUGGAUUUUAUUUGUGGACGACGACGUAUUUGUAAACCCGCGGAAUGUACUAGCUCUACUGAAAAGCCUAGAUUUUCGUUUUUACAGGUCGCUACUUUUUGGAAAUCAGCGCACAUUUCCGCCAGUAACCCGGGAAAAGUCAAAGUGGGCAAUUGACGAGGAUAUCUAUCCUCAUGACUACUAUCCAUCGUACGUGAGUGGUGCAACCAUAUUGGUUGGUUCAAAGUUGGCAAUAGACCUGUAUAUCGGGUCUAGAUUUACCAGGAUGAUCCCGUUUGACGAUGCGUUCUUCGGAUUGGUGUUGAACGCGUUGUUGCUUAUUCCGGUGCACCUAAGAGGAAUCUAUGUUGAUGACUACUCUGAAUUAAGCAAGCUGUCAAGAAGUCGUCAGUUCACAGUACAUGGGGUGUCUUCACCCCUCCGGCAACGUAGACUUUGGAUACAAAUGAGAGCCUCUGAAAUGUGUUACCCACCAGAGAAUCAAGUCCAU